AUUCUCGGUGAAAAUGGUUACCCAAUAAUGCUGAUCAACAAAAGACUUAAAAUGUUUCACUGGUUGAAACAAAGGCAAAAUACAACGGUCAACAGUCAACCUACCGUGAACAACCACUCACAGAAUACCAAUUCGACAAAAAGCAAGAUACGUUACAAAGGUCUACAAUUCAAUCAGUCAUGUUCCCAGAACAUAGGAAAAAUUCUCUGCAGAGGAAAUGAUGACGUAAAAGUGGGCUAUAAACCGACUCUGAAGAAUAGAUCGACUUUCACCAAACUGAAACAAAAGACACCGAUAUUGGAAAUGUAUGACGUAGUCUACAACAUGCCUUGUCUAGGUGAUGGCAGAAGAGCCAAAUGUGAUCUGAAUUACAUUGGUCAAACGGGACGAAAGGCAUAUGUGAGGACAGAUGAACACGUUGAAGAUAUUAAAAAGUUUAACCAGGAUGGAGAAUUGGAAAGUUCAACAGCUUUAGUGCACCAUUUUUACGAAGCUGGUCAUGUACCAGACACUGAAAAUGUUUCAAUAUUGGAAGUUGAACAUAAUUAUGCGAAACGUAAGGUGCUUGAGUCUCUCCACAUUAUGACCAAUCCGGCUAUGAAUUUUAGAAGAGACACAGAAAACAUCAGCUCGAUAGCCCACAUGACUGAUGAUGUAUCAAUAAAGAUGCGAAACGUCUCAAGAAUUUGUGUUUGAAUUCUUGCCACCAAUGAUGGACCGAAAAAUCUAGUAAAGCCAAUGCUCCAGUAUUUUACUAUCACGGUCAAGUAAAAGUUAGAACAGACUACAAAUAGUCGAAGCUGACAAG